AGCAGACGAGCAGCAGCAACUCAUUGCACGAGCAACAGGGAAUAUCUAGCAGACGAGGAGCACUGGAGAAAACACAAACAUCUCAAUCCAAGCAAUCACAUCUCUUUUGGAUUUCUCAUAAUUUGGAUGUCGGCUGAUCUGGUGUGAAGCGCUAACCAGCUCAACUUCUGUUUUUUUGGGGAAGAGGGAGGUACAUUUCGGCUUCAUUUGUGUCUUGUAAACGGAAUGAAUGACCAAGACAAAGGUUGACACCGGUUCCCCGACGCAUUUUGUCUCGUCGAAGGAGAAGAGGCAAAAGCAGAAAAUGGAGAGCAGCACCGGCGAGCAAGAACAGCCGCAGCACCAACCGACACAACAGCCGCCGCCGCCGCCUGCGCCACCGCUACAAGUUACCGAGAAAAAGAAAAUACACCGGGCACCGUCUCCUGCACGACCCAAAGAUGUGGCCGGCUGGUCACUCACUAAAAUCCGCGGUGGUAUCGGCACGCCGACGCUGAGCGUUAAACCGGGGGCCAUUUAUUUAGGUGGCCGCGUGUCCAGACGCAGUCCCGUUACCGGGAAAGACGCAAAAACAGAGAAGAGUAAACCGGCCGGCAAAUCCGCGCUGUCCGCGACCGGAGCUCAGAAGAGCAGCGUAAAGUCUAAUAAAAGCGGCCGGAGAAAAGUUUCAGAUGCCAGCAUCGGAUCGGAUGAUUUAAGCAAGGACUCCGGAUGCGCACCGGGGAAACUCUCACCCACCGACAGCAGUUCCGAGCUCUCCGACUGCGCCUCCGAGGAGAAUAAAGUCUCCACAGAUGCACUUAGUAGCGACACGGAGACCAGCAGCCGAGGGGGGAUCGACGGCGACAAAGCGGCAGUUGAACAUGGAUUACUGGACAAAAGUGGUCACACCAAGACCAGCGCAGAGAAAGAGCGACUCUCGCUGGGCAUGGAGACCGCAGAGGGGAGCGUGUCCCCCGGGGAGGAGCGCUCACUCACCUCGAUGGACAGCAGGAUGCCCGCCAGCACAUCAUUGGCCUUUUCAGACCUGACAGAGGAGCUGAUGGACGGCAUGCAUGAAGAAUUAGUCAGGGAGAUUGAGGAACUCAGGUCGGAGAAUGAUUAUUUAAAGGACGAAAUGGAGGAACUUCGCUCGGAGAUGCUGGAGAUGAGGGACAUGUACAUGGAGGAGGAUGUUUAUCAGCUUCAGGAGCUCAGACAGCAGCUGGAUCAGGCCAACAAGACAUGUCGCAUCCUGCAGUAUCGCCUCAAGAAAGCAGAGAGACGCAGCAUCCGCGUGGCCCAGACGGGACAGGUGGAUGGAGAGCUCAUCCGCACACUGGAGCAAGAUGUCAAGGUGGCGAAGGACGUCUCCAUCCGUCUGCACAAUGAGCUGGACACUGUGGAGAAGAAGAGAUCUCGUCUGGAGCAGGAGAACGAGGAACUGAGGGUGAAAUUACAGGAUCUGGAGGUGGCAAAGCAGGUCCUGCAAGCUGAGAUGGAGAAGGCCAGAGAGAACUCAUUGAAGAAGAGAAGUGCCAGACCAAACAACAAACCUGAUAAAAAAGCAUCGCCUCAGCCUCCAGAGGACAGUUCUGACCUCAAAUGCCAGCUUCACUUCGCCAAGGAGGAAUCAGCUCUCAUGUGCAAAAAACUCACUAAGAUGGUCAAAGACAACGAGGCCAUGAGGGAGGAACUGGCAAAGUUUCGUUCUAUGUAUGGAGAGGUUGAUGCUUCGCUGACCGUUGAAGAAGUGGCGGACUCUCCUCACACCAGAGAGGCCGAGGUUAAAGUUCACUUGAAACUGGUGGAGGAGGAAGCGAAUCUUCUAAGUCGACGGAUCGUAGAGUUGGAAGUGGAAAACCGCGGCCUCCGUGCUGAAAUGGACGACAUGAAGAUCCAGGAUUCCCCAGGCGGAAUUGGCAUCUCGGGCGGAGUUGGAAGUCACCUGCUGUUUUCCACAUCUGAGAAUGUGAUGGAGCUACAGCGCCACCUACAGUUUGUGGAAGAAGAGGCAGAUCUGCUUCGGAGGUCCUUGAUUGAAAUGGAGGAGCAGAACAAGCUCUUGAUGAACGAGCUUAACCACUACAAGUCUGAGCUUCCUGCUGUCACUGAGAUAGAGACAUCGUCAUCGUCCACAAUCACUUCACCCACAAUCCUUCCUGGUCCUUCUGAAGAUGCGCUAAAUGAAGCUACCCAUAAAGAACUUGUUGCUGCUAGACUUCAGAUUGCAGAGCUGAACGGCAAAGUAAAGAAGCUACAGUACGAGAACCGUGUGCUUUUGUCCAACCUUCAACGGUGUGACUUGGCCUCCAACCAAGGCUCCGCACGUCCAUCACUGGAAACAGAUGCCGAAGCCGGAGACUCAGCUGAAUGCAUUCCUACCCAGACGCAUCGCGAAGGUCCAGUGGGUGAUGAGCAAAUCGAUAUUCUGGAGGAGAAGAAUCUAAAAGUUUCAAGAACAAGUCACACUCACACUUCUCAGUGCCUCAGUGUAAAGGAUCUCCUCGCUAUCCGUGACCAGGCACAACUUGUUACCUCAGCCAUUCAGCUUCUGACGUCACCCGACACCUCCUGUAUCUCACCGGACUCUGUCUAUCGCAAGAUCACCACCAAUGAUUCUGCUGAACCUGUUCUACUGGAGAAGAGUCAGACUCCAAGCUCCACACUGCCUGUGGUGGAGGUCCUGCAUGGCAGACUGCAGUUCCUCCAGGCUCAGCUCCAGGCCCUCAGUGAGAGGGUGGAUGCCCUGGAGGAGCCCCCAGAGAGAGAUUGUGUGGACGGGAUGUCCCAGAUGCCCCUGCUGUCAGAGGCGGAAUACCCUACAGCAAAUUGCUUAUGCCCUGCAGAUGCUCAGAUCAACCAGAACACAACCCAACAGAAGCCUGACUCUAGAGACCAGCCAGACUGUGAGGUCAAAGUUCACCUGUGCAAGGCAGACGAGGAGAGCAUAUGCCACAAAGACAGCAACAAGGAUGAAGAAUCAGACUUAAAGGAAACAAACUCUGAUCUGCUGACAGAGCAGGUUCACGAGCUGCAUGCUCUGCUGUCGGAGGCGAGAGAGAAGGCUCAUGGAGCACAAGAAGCUCUGUCACAGGAGAGACAAGAGCGCCACAUUGACAUACAUAAACUCUCUCAGCUUCAGGAAGAGCAUCAGAAGGCCCUCCUCCGCCGAGACUUUCAGCUGCAGAGUCUGAGCCUACAGACGCGUCUGCAGCAGAAGCUGUGGAGUCAGGAGAGGAACCUGCUGGUGCAGGAGUCACAGCAGCUCAAAGAGAGCCUGCUCCUCAUCAGCCUUAAGCUCCGCUGGCUUCUCAAACAGUGGAGACUCGGCAAGAAACUAGACACAGACAGCAAGGACAUCCUAGAGGUUAACAGUGUCAAAGAUCUCCGUAUUCUGCUUGAGGAAGAUCUGUCUUCUCACUAUGGAGACAAUAAGAUGUCUGCAUCGGAGGAACAACCACUCAACCCAGCACCCAAAGAGCACAACCUGCCAGAAAAGAGCAGCUCUCAGCAGCCCUGUGGAUUCGGCAGUACUCUGUCGGACCUGAAGGUGGCGUUACAGGAUCUGAGCGGUGAGCUGCGUGAGGAGCGUCAGAGUUCACAGGAGUUAACGCAGCAGUUUGCCCGGGCUAAAGCAUCAUGGGAAGUUGAACGAAUGGAACUCAAGAGUAUUAUCACUCAGCUGGAGGGUAAGCUUGGGAAGGCGUCUGUGGCUGGGGGUGAAAAGGAUUCUCCAGAUCUUAAGGAGGCACUAAAAAAGGAGCGAGAGGAGCAUCAACAUCUACUGGCGGACUCUUAUGCUGCUGUGAUGGACCUUACCAAACAACUGCAGAUCAGUGAGAAGAACUGGAGCCGAGAGCGGCUUGAGCUUUUGGAGCACUUCAACCAGGAAAGAAGUCAAUGGGAUCAGCGGGUACGCGAUGCCCAGAGCAAAGGCGCACAGUCUCUUCAUGACAAAACUUCAGAGAAAGAAGCCUUAGCCGAUGUAGUCGUGGGUAGUUCAGCAAUGCAAAGGACCAAAUCAAUCUCCACCCUCACUGAAUUGAAGAGUCUGCUAGACACCAGUCUAUUCCUUCAUAGUCACAAGGUCAUUGGGGAGCCAGAGGUCACUGUGGCACAGCACCAAUCUGCUGCUCCUGCUUCUAUUCUGGCUUGCACUGACUUAAGUGAUCUCAACAAUAAGAACUGGAAGUACCUGACCAGUGAUUCAGCAAUACUGGAGAAGGGUGACCAGUUUAAGACUUGGGACUGCCCAAGCACCAACUCUAACAGCAGCUUCCCAGGGCUGGAGCUGAACAAGGAGUACAUUCAGAGAAGCUACACUGCUCCAGAUAAGACGGGCAUUCGCAUCUAUUACAGUCCUCCGACAGUGAGAAGAAUGGAGAGGAGGCCAGUCAAAGAAAACACCAAGCAGGAUUACCAGCAAGGACUAUCAUCUAGGGAUUCAGCAAUGAUAGAUUCAUCUGGUCAGAUUGCUGCAUCUGCACCAUUAUUGACCACUUCCCCAUCUGCAUAUGAGCAGUGGUUGAGUUCACUUUCACAACAGCACAGAGAUCUGCUUGAAGGGCGGACAGGAGGUUCUGCACCUUUCCAUGGAUUAGAGAUUUCAGGCAACCUUAGUGAUGACAUGAAGGAGAUGACCAAUUGUGUGCGACAGGCCAUUCGUUCCAGUUCCCUGGAAAGGAAAUGCAGCAAAGAUACAGGGAGCCAGACAGUUGGGAUUUGUAGUACAGGAACGCAGACAGCACAGUUUGUCAGCAUUGGCAUGCAGACCGAUAUACCCAUCUCAACAGCAAGAGGCCUUCAAGGGAAAGCAUGGUCUCCUCGUCCAUCCACCUCACUUGCAUCUGCACGUUCUCGACAGAUCUCUUCAUCUUUGGACAAAGUCCACAGUCGCAUAGAUAGACCAUGUUGCUCUCCCAAAUAUGGCUCACCUAAGCUCACACGCAGGGUUUCUACUUCCUCCUCCAAACUCGAGACCUCAUCAACAUCUUCAAGGGAUCGCAGUGUCUGGAAUCUGCAUAACCGCUCUGGAUCUCAAAAUGGUUCUGCCUGGGCUCGUUCUACCACCACUCGUGAUAGCCCAGUGCUUAGUGGACUCAAUGAUGGCUUGACCAGUCUCUUCAGUGUGGUGGAACACUCUGGAAGUGUUGAAUCAUUGUGGAAAGCAGAUACUUGUCCUGGGAGGCAAGCUGCCGGUAAACCGUCUUGUCCUAGUAUUGGCGUUGGUUUGGGAGAAGCGGGAGCUCAGAAGUACGGAGUGGUCCAGGAAUUUCUUCGUAAUGUUUGUGGCAGGACAACAUCAGUGAGCACAAUGGAUGAACCCAAGCCUGAAUGCAUGCCUGGAUCUUUGAUCAGCACAGAUAACAUCACAAAGAUAGUCAAUAAGCGGUUUAUGAAAACACAAAGAGAUGAACUGGUAGCCACAGGAAAGGAUGCAAUGAGCUCAAGCUCCAGUACCGUGGAGGAUUCAGUUUGUGACUGCAAUUCACAAACUGUCACUACCUGUUUUGCCCGCCACUCUCGCUCUACCACACGACAUACUCAUGGCCAGUGCAAGCAUCGAGUGCAGGAGUCAUCCAUGGGAACCGAAGAACGAGUCAAUAUGAUUAAUGAGAGGGAAUGAGGCAGCUUCCUCUGACACCUCCCAAAAUAUAUACAAAGAAAACAACUGUCAACACACACCCCACACACACUGCCACACAAAUCCACUGCCACAUAAGUACACCAACACAUACAGACACACCCUUAAACAAACCUACGUAUAUACUUCAUACCUUCAAAACAUGACUUCAGGGUUACAACAAUAGGAUCUUGUAGAGUUACUGCAUUUGGAGAGUUUCCAAACCAGACCUCAGUGUAACCAGCACACUUUAAUGCCAAGGAAGGGGAGAGUGUUUACCUCCACAAUUCCACUGUCAGCCAGCCAGAUUUCUCAUUGUAAGUCCUUUGUUCCAGAGUAAACCAGCCAGCCCUGCCUUUAAAGUCUACCAUUCUACAGUCGUCCAGUCAGACUUUACCUUAAACUCUGUCAUUCCGUUUUUCAUCAUCCAGCCAACAGGACAGCAUAGCCAAACUCAAGUUGACACCAGGUCUUAUUGAAGUCAUGUAGAUAUAAAGGGAACGCACAGCAUGCAAAUGAACUACAAAAAAACCUAGAACCUCAAAAUGGCCUUCAGUAAGAGUAACACUAUCCCUCACAACUGCCGACUGGCCCUUACUCUAGUCUACAGAUAGUAUUGCUUGAAUAGCUGUAAAAUUAUCCCAUAACCAGCCCAUGAUGGUCUCGAACUCAGCUUUUUCGAAAAUUUUCAAUGGACUCCUUUUGCCUUUGGUGGUCAUGAAGAAAGUUUCCAGGAAAUCCUAUGUGGUCUCAAGUUUGGUUUUGAGUUCACAUCUCUACAGACAAUCAUAAACCAGCAAACCUUCUUUCAACCUCUGUUCUGCAACUACUAUGGACCAUGUUAAAUUUUCCAACCAGACAAAAUAUGAAACUUUUCAACCCUGGAUUUCUCUAAAAAAGGACUGAAUGAUAUGAUUAAUCAUACUGCGUUAUGAAGCUGUCCUUUUACAAACUUGAUAUUCUUAUUAUGCUGUCUGAAGAUGUCUACGAAAAGCACGUUGGUAGCUGUAGAGUAGGAGGAUAGCAGUUGUUAUGUUUGCUUUGGUACUUUGUACUGUACAAAAGUGUUUGGACAUUAGAGCACUAACAUGUAAAUCUUCAUUCCUUGGCUAAGAUGUUGUCAUAAAUUUUAAAGUGUAUUGAUUAUUUUUAUUCCUACCCCCUGGUUAUGGAAGACAUGUUCCUUGGUGUAUCUUCUGCAAUUGUUUUCAUUGUCUACCUCUUCAUCCCUCAUCAUCAUGCUAAAAUAAACCUAAUGGGUCUUAGUUAUGGUAAACACCAAUUUUAAUUUGAUGUUAAAUGAAAACCUAUUGAGUCCCAGCUGGGUCAGUUGGCAUUUCUGUGUGGAGUUUGGAUGUUCUCCACAUGUUCGUCUGUGUUUCCUCUGGGUGCUCCGGUUUCCCGCACAGUCCAAAGACAUGUUCUGUAGGUGAAUUGAAUGAACUAAAUUGGCUGUAUUGUGUGUGUGUAAAUGUGAGAGUGUAUUGGUGUUUCCCAGUACUGGGUUGCAGCUCGAAGGGCAUCCACUGCGUAAAACGUAUGCUGGAUAAAUUGUUGGUUCAAUCCACUAAUGAAUAAAGGGACUAAGCCGAAGCAAAAUGAAUGAAUGAAAACCUAGUAAACUUAGAUCACGCUCUUAAAUACCUUGGGGUGUUCCUUUGAGCCCAAUAUUCUGCAAAGAUUGUCGGCUACUAAUCAAUUGUGGUGGAUGCAUAGUGGCUUAAAGUGGGCGCUCUCGAGCAACUUUCUAAAAUGAGACACCAUGUGGUCUAUAAGUGUGGCACGAUGGAAAAGGGCAAACUACACCUCAAUCCCUCAAAGCCUCAGUCGUGCCAAAUUAAAUUGUCGCUUACCAUGACUAAAACCCAUAAUCCUAUUUUCCAGAACACAUUUGAAAGCCUCACAUAAUACGAAUUAUGCAGAUAUCACAUAUAUAAACAGAUAUGUUUAAUACUGAAACACUGAAUGCUAAUUAAUUGCCCACAGUGAGAUUUUGAGAUUAGAGAGAUUUUAUCAGAUAAUCCCAAAUGUAAUCCAUAAGCAGACCGUUUGUUCAUGUAGCUAUGCAGUUACUGUAAUACGAGUGUGUGCCUCCCUGUAGCUGCUCCUGCAUAAGUACGUCGAGUACGUUUGUAAUGUGUUUUUUCUCCAAUCUCUCGUUGGAGUGGUGCUGCAGAAACUGAAGUCUAGCCUUUUGAUGGUGCUUUUCCUAGCUUUGAUGACAGUACAUUAGAGGAAACUUUUUUGUAUGCAUUUCUCGAGCCACACGGAUUUGUUGAGUCAGCUCUUUUAUAAAUCGGGCAUUAGUAAAGUUUCAGAAUAUCACAUUUCUCAAUUGUCUGGCUAAAAAAACACGGGCAGAUAAUAAAAACCCAGCCUAUUAUGUCCCAAACAAUGUCUCCUUACAGCCUUUGCCAUAUGUCCCACAGCUACCUCUUAACUCGAAACUGUAUCUUGCAUUACAUUUAACCCGUUCAUGUAUCAUUUUGAAGGUCACUAGAGUGCCUUUUUAAAAAUUCAAACAAGAUAUCUGUUUUUAGAGAAAAAUAGAUGUUUUCAGAAGUCUGCUGUUAGCUAAUGACUCCCUCUUUUUCUUGAAAAGUAUGAAAAUCAGACAAUGUCUGUAUUGCUAACGUUACAUGAACUGCAAAUUGAUUAUAUAGUGAAUACUGUAAUUGAUUAUAGAAGCCAAAAUACAUUUUGAGGACAUUUACAAGUGAAAUCUGCUAAUUUAAUGUAACUCCGACCUAUCUUUAUAAGCCAUUCUAACCUGUUUGAAUGUUUCCUGAGUCUGAAGUUGCUCACUUACCCAUAUCAGACAAACGGUGUACUGUUCCUUCAAGUGUCCCUUAGCCGUUUAGUCUUGAUGUUAUUCACUCUUCUGAGUUUGGUCACAUGAUCUCUGAAAAAACAGAGGGAAUGACCUUAGUUCAGGAGAUUUUCAUUUGAGCGCUCCCAAAGUCAUAGCAUCAAAUUCUGAAGUCUUAAACCAGGGGUGCCCAAACUCGGUCCUGGAGGGCCGGUGUCCUGCAGAUUUUAGCUCCAACUUGCCUCAACACACCUGCAUGGAUAUUUAUAGAAAGCCUAGUAAGAGCUUGAUUAGCUAGCUCAGGUGUGUCUGAUUGGGGUUGGAACUAAACUUUGCAGGACACCUGCCCUCCAGGACUGAGUUUAGACACCAUAGGUCUCAAACUGGAUUCCUGGAGG